GUUGGAAAAUUGUAAAAGAAAUCUGAAAUAAACGCGCAAAUGCGCAGCGGAAUGGACAAUCAAAGGAAGUGUGACGGAUAGCCAAUCCAGCAUCUUUCGAGCCGGAUAAUAAAGUUUGUUGAAAAAUGCAGAAGAAGUCCAUCGAUCUGGCUUCUCCCUUGUGACGCAUGUAUGAGUACAUGUGUGUAAAUGGAUGAUGAAAUAAUUUGUUCUUCUGCGUAAGACAAAAACAAACGCACUAGACACAUCCACAUGCAACCAUUCAGCUAUGUAUGUGAUGUGCUGAAUACACACACAUACACAUCUAUAUCCCGCAAUAAAGCGUCGACUCAUAGGCCGUUUACAUUGGGGCUGCGUCAUGCUUCUUUGCGUCUUGCCGCAGACGCAGUUUUUUUUACAUAGGUUAAGCAUAGGGCCCUAGUGGUGGCAAAAAGUUGCGUCAGUUUCUGAUUCAUGUGCGUCUAUUCGGUAUAUUCGAUUAAUUUUGCUCAUUUUGGCGCUUUUUUGCCUAUCAGCGCAACUAUCACCACUAAUAACAGCAAAAAUCAGCUGACCAAAGAAAUUAAUUGUGCACCCUAAAGUAUGUCUGAGGAAGGAAAAGAUAGGAGAUUUUUGUGGACACCUGCGGCCUUAUUGACUCUGCUCGACCAAUGGGAGGAGAACGGGGUGGGAGUUCGCAAGAACUCUCAUAUUUAUAAGGAAAUAGCGGAUGUAUUAAAUGAGUUUGGACCUUCUCAUGUUGAGGUGAAGAACAAACUCGAAAAUUUGACGAGGAAAUACAGAAGUGAACUGGCCAAGGUGGGACCUUCGGGUGGAAGCCCAUCAACAUGGGAGCACUUCGAAAGGGUCUCUUUAAUCCUGCAAACGUAAAAAUCAAUCGUUGUGAGCGGAGUUGAGAGCGCAGACUUUUCAUGUGUAACCGAGGAUGUUACAGCCGAUUUCAAUGCUGACCAGAGCAGCACCUCAGCGACCGAAAAUUCAGGAGAUACCUCUGGUUCCCAACCAAAACGUCGUCGAGUCGACACAAUCGUCGAAAAACUGCUGGAGGUAGAGGAGAAAAAGCUGGAGGUGAUGCAGACAAUUGCUGAAAA